AUGGAUGAAGCUUUCUUCAACCUCAAAAGCAUAUCUUGUGUAGCUCAGAAGUUGGUUGAAACUGGAAGUUCUUGUUAUUUUUCAUUGGUUUAUAGGUUGAUCACAUUGGUUUUGAUAUUACCUGUGGCAAUUGCAAGUGUUGAAAGAGUAUUCUCUGCUAUGAAUCUAGUCAAGAAUGAUCUGUGCAACAAAAUGGGAGACGAAUUGUUGAAUGACAAGUUGGUGGUUUACAUGGAAAAAGAUCAUUUUAUAAAACUUGAGAAUGAGACAAUAUUACAAUGUUUUCAAAAUAUGCGACCUCGUAGAAUUCAGUUGUCUAAAUUUACAAUUACAGGGACAUGGCUUUUACGAUCAUUGAUUGUCGACGGUCAACGAUCAAAGUUAACCUCCGCCCUAGCUGAACGUUGA